CCUUCAGGGCAAUGAACUUCCGGUUCAAGAUGGCAGGCGCGCCUAGGCGUCGACGAAGUCCGCAGGAAGUCCAAAUCGUUUAUUAUUCCACAAAAUCUGUGUUUGUCUAUACUGACGACUUGAUGUUACUCAAUUCAAGUCUCACACAGUCACUGUAUUACGCUGUUCUUUAGGGUAUUAUUCUUCGAUCAAGGCGAUUUGUUGAAGUGGCGAUCGACAUCACCAUGUCCGAAAAAGAACAACAACAGAAAGAAGUACAACUACAAGAGAGAAAACCUCUGUCGGUCGUGUCAAAGCUGUGUUACGGUCUAGGUGGGAUGGCAGUAGACAUAUUCUGGACCGUUCUCGGGGCGUAUACCAACAUCUUUCUGGUGGAGGUGGCUCAGCUGCCUCCACUGUUUGGAACAUCAGUGGUGUUCGGUGGCAGAGCUAUAGACGCUGUCUGCAACUUCAUCAUAGGGCCAUUGAUCGACAGAACAGACACUCGAUGGGGAAAGAUAAAACCAUGGAUUUUGGGUUCUGGACUUCUUCUCAUUCCCAUCUACAUCUUGGUCUGGUACGUCCCAGAUGUAGGACUGGAGGGCAAGUUGGCAUGGUACAUCCUGCUGUACGUCUGUCUGAUGUUUGUGAAAACGGCCUUGUCCAUCUCCUCCCGUGCACUUGUUGUGUUUCUGAGUCACGACAGUCAGGACAGGGACUCUGCAACUGUCUACAGGGGUCUUUUUGUACUGAUGGGAAUAGUUGCAGGAAUGGCGAUACAUGGACAAAUUGUUGCCUCAUAUGAACAGAAAAAGUUUGACCCGUGUAAUAUUGAUAACAGUACCAAUAGCACCAACAUCACUGUGGACAACAUCUACUUGAAAGAAGUGAAAACAGGCUACCUGAUAUCAGCAGGAAUCAUCGCUGGCUUGACAUUUCUGUGUGUCCUGGGGGUUCUCAUUGGAACAACUGAGAGGAAAGAUAUUUCAAAGACGUCCCAACGACAGCACUACCAAUCGUUCAUCAAGACGAUAAAAGCAGUUUUGACGUUUCGACCCAACGUCUACAUUUUGCUCAUAUUUUUUAAUAUUGCACUAACCCUUUCUAUAUUGUUGGGGACUUCUGUACUUUUUAUACAGUAUUCAUUAGACCUUGCAGAACAGGUGCAGAAUGCAAUGCUGGCAUUUGUGUUAUCUGCAGCUGUCUCUAUGGUUCUCAUGGGCAAAGUGGUGGCCAAGUUGGGCAAAAGGACUGCAUUCAUGUGCUAUCAGCUGGCUAUCAUACCGCCUGCCCUUGGACUUCAGUUUAUUCCAGAGAGAAAUUUGGCAGUGCUGAUUGUAGUCUGCAUCUUUCUGGGCCUCUCAGGGUCUGCAGGGUUCUUUAUACCAUGGGCAAUGCUUAAUGAUAUAGUAGAUGCCUACAGUCUACAAGCUGACAGACGGCUGGAUACAGUGUUCUUCAGUAUGGCCUUGUCCAUGAACAGUUUCACAACAACCCUGGGCCUGGGGCUGACUACCAUCGCUUUGGAAAUUGGAGGCUACAAAACUGGAGACUGUGUUCAGCCUGCCUCUGUGGGUAUGUCCCUGGGAAUUCUGGUCUCCGUUUUUCCAGCAGUGUGUUCUCUCUGUGCCAUGGUGCUGAUAUGGAGAUAUCCAAUCACAGAGCAAGGGCGGGAGCAAAUUCAGAAACAGUUGGAAAACAGGAAAAAAAUGGACAAAGACAACCAAGCUCAAGAUUCAGAACUGAAAGAUGUGGGAAAGGACAGUAAGAGAUGGUACUCAUCGGGGACAACAAAGUCUUUUGAAGAGGAGACUCCUCCAUUGUCUGCACCUGACCUGUCUGUAUCUGUGGAUCAGUAG